GUUUGCAACCCAAAAAAUUGCCCGCAAAAUAUCCAAACAAUGCCUUGAAAACUUGAAAUUGGAAACCACGAGUACACGCCAAGACUUUCUACACCCCGCUCUUUGUUUCCUCGCUAAUUAGUUCGCCAGGAACAGUGAACAACUAAUUCUUUAUUCAAAAAUCACAUUUGAGUUGAUUAUAACAAGUCUCACGCCCAUCUAUCAGUACCCCUCAAGUCUGCAACUUUAUCUGAUUCUUUAUUGGCCGGUGUCUCUUUGCUUGAAUGGCGGCAAUACUAGCUUCAUACAGCUAUAAUUGUCGCAAUGUUGAUUUAAUGAAUCAAGGAAGGACAUUGGACAAUCUCAGUUUCUCCAGUUCAAUUCCUAAUCCAUUUGCAGAGUUUGAGAAACAAAUAUGCCAUCCACAUUCAAGGAAUUCAAGGUUUCAAGUGGAAAUGCGACAAAACGAAUCACCAGCCUCAAGGAUAGGUGCCAAUGGCAAUGGACGGCCGAUUAAGAUGGUACCUGCCAGUGAGGUGGUGAAGAGGAAGACGCCCAAUGGUAAAGAAGUAAAGAUAGUCAGUGGUUCAAAGCAAGUUAAUGAUACAAAGCAGGUUGUUAAUGGAGCAAACAUAAUUAAGAGAGGACCUGGUGCUGCACUUGUUAAGACAUCAAGAUAUAGACAGACAGACAAACUUCCACCAUUGGAGGAUUCAAAGGUUUUGCCCACAGAUGAAGGUUUCAGUUGGGCAAAUGAGAAUUAUAACAACUGGCAGAGGACUAUUGAUGUAUGGUCCUUCGUUCUUUCUUUGCGUGUUCGUGUUCUGUUUGACAAUGAAAAAUGGGCAUAUUUGGGACGCUUCAAAGAACAGAAGCAGAAAAUUCGAAGGCGAAAAACUGCUUCAUGGCUACGAGAGCAAGUAUUGCAGCUAGGUCCAACUUUUAUCAAACUCGGACAGUUAUCUUCAACAAGGUCAGAUCUAUUUCCACGGGAGUUUGUGGAUGAGCUUGCCAAGUUGCAGGAUAGGGUCCCUGCCUUCUCUCCAAAGAAGGCAAGAAGCUUCAUUGAGAGUGAACUGGGAGCUCCCAUCAAUGUGCUGUUCAAGGAGUUUGAGGACCAACCAAUUGCGGCAGCUAGUCUUGGUCAGGUGCACCGUGCUAUCCUACAUAAUGGAGAGAAAGUAGUUGUGAAAGUUCAAAGGCCUGGUCUCAAGAAGCUUUUUGACAUUGAUCUGCGUAAUUUGAAGAUAGUUGCUGAAUAUUUUCAGAGAAGUGAAACUUUUGGCGGUCCAUCUAGAGAUUGGAUUGGUAUAUAUGAAGAAUGUGCCAAGAUUUUGUACCAAGAGAUUGAUUAUAUUAAUGAAGGCAAAAAUGCUGACAGAUUCCGCCGAGAUUUUCGGAAUGUGAAGUGGGUCCGAGUACCUCUGGUAUUUUGGGAUUAUACUGCCACAAAGGUGCUGACAUUGGAGUAUGUACCAGGUGUUAAGAUAAAUCAACUAGAUAUGUUGGCUUCAAGAGGAUAUAAUCGUGCUCAAAUUUCGUCACGAAUAAUUGAGGCAUACUUGAUUCAGAUUUUAAAAACUGGUUUCUUUCAUGCGGAUCCUCAUCCUGGAAAUCUUGCCAUUGAUAUGGAUCAAGCAAUCAUCUAUUAUGACUUUGGUAUGAUGGGAGAGAUCAAGCCUUUUACUCGAGAGAGGCUGCUUGAACUUUUCUAUGCAGUUUAUGAGAAAGACGCGAAAAAGGUUAUGCAAAGCCUCAUAGAUCUUGAAGCACUUCAGCCCACUGGAGAUUUGUCAUCCGUAAGGAGAUCUGUACAGUUCUUCUUGGACAAUUUGUUGAGCCAGACACCUGAUCAGCAACAGACCUUGGCUGCAAUUGGGGAGGAUUUAUUUGCAAUCGCUGUGGAUCAGCCUUUUCGGUUUCCAUCAACCUUUACAUUUGUUAUAAGAGCAUUUUCAACGCUUGAAGGUAUCGGCUACAUUCUUGAUCCAAAUUUUUCCUUUGUGAAGAUUGCUGCCCCUUAUGCUCAGGAACUUUUAGAUCUAAGAACCAAGCGGCAUUCAGGAACACGACUGGUGGAAGAAAUAAGGAAACAAGCGAAUGAUGCAAGAAGUUCUACCAUGUCCAUGCCUUCCAGAGUUCAACGGAUAGAAGAGUUUGUGAAGCAACUUGAAUCAGGAGAUUUAAAACUUCGAGUUCGCGUGCUUGAGUCCGAAAGAGCAGCUAGAAAAGCAACAAUCCUACAAAUGGCAACUAUGUACACUGUCUUGGGAGGUACCCUACUAAAUCUUGGGAUAACCUUUAGCAGUCAAGGGAGUGAAGUUAUUGCAAAUGGAUCUUUCAUUGGUGCAGGAGUUUUCUUGACACUGCUUCUAAGGUCAAUGCAAAGAGUGAAGAAACUUGAUAAAUUUGAGAAGAUGAUAUGAUUUCUGACCCAUGAAAUCGAAAUAUAGCUCACAUACACAACAGUACAUGGUAUUCGAUUUAUAGUCAUUCAAUUGUAUAAUUUUCAAGCAAAACAAUUCUUUUGCAUGCAUACAUGAUAUGCAUGUGUAUAUGCAACAUAGUUAAAAGGGAAAAAUCAUUAGUUAAAGAUGGAGGAAGACCAAAUAAUACUCGAAUGUGAGUAAUGGAUAGUUGAGUAUCCGGUCUGAGUAACUGCAAGGUGCUUAAACAGGAUGCUUGGACGCUCGGGCAAACAUUACUCUCCUAGUGUAUACUCCUUCGAUGUUUGGAUUCCAUUUUCAAGUAUAUCCUCAAUUGAUAUUCGGAUCAAUAAAAGACAAAGAUCUCGAAAUAAUCACUGUAAUUAGAA